AUGACAAAGCGUCUCCUGUCAAGCGUCUUCGUCCUGCUGACUGUCCUCCUGCUGCUGCUUCCUGCAGGUGCAGACGAGGACGUGGUUGACACAGGUGAAGAAGGAAGACAGAAGCGUGACGUCCCGAACUGGGCAAUGACCUCCUCUGACUUCUUCGGCUGGGUGGAGGAGCUGAGGAAAUAUGGCGGCUACGAACGAAUCGAAGACCUGGCAAGAACCUUUUGGGCUCAUUUCCCCUCUGCGGACCGACUCGGGUACGGAGUCCACGAACCGGACGAGUAG